AUGAGUACAUUAAAUUUUGUAGUUGUGACAGUGAGUACCACUUGUUAUGAUGAUCCAACGAAAGAUCGUUCAGGACCAGCACUUAUUAAAUAUCUGACAGAUAAAUCCAAUGGAAAUAUUCAAUGGAUACAUCUCGCCUCGACAGUUGUUCCUGACAAGCAGACACAUCUCAAAGAAACAUUGUUGAAAUUGUGUGAUGAAUUACAACCAAAUUUAAUAUUGACAACUGGUGGAACGGGAAUCAGCCCCGAUGAUAUUACACCAGAAGCGACACGUGAAGUUAUUACGAAGGAAAUUCCUGGUCUAGCACAAACAAUGAUUGCGAAGUCAUUAGCAAUUACUCACAUGGCAAUGCUUUCGAGACCAGUAUGUGGCGUUUAUCAACAAACAUUAAUCAUCAAUCUACCCGGUAGUAUUAAAGGAUGUGUAGAAUGCUUGGAUUUCGUUUAUCCAGUUUUACGACAUGCAACAGAUUUGAUUCAAAAUCGACGUGUUGAAGUAGCUAUGAUUCAUUCUACUAUGCAACCAAAAACAAAUAGAAAACAUCAUUCAUGUGGUGAACAUCACCAUCAUCAGCAUGUGGAGUCAACGAUGAAAGGUGAACGAUUACGUCAAUCUCCAUUUCCGAUGAUAUCUAUGGAUGAUGCAAUGAAGAUUAUUUUUGAACAAGCCUAUAAAAUGUCAAUAAUUGAUAAGCCUCUGACUGAAUGUUUAAAUUAUAUAUGUGCUGAAGAUAUCUAUGCUAAAGAACCAUUUCCACCUUUUCGAGCAUCGAUUAAAGAUGGUUAUGCUAUUCGACUGUAUUCUGAUCGAUCUCAUGAACAAAUCUAUGAAGUUAUUGGACGUUCAGAUGCAGGAGGAGACGAUAUUAAUACACCACUUAUCGAAGGUCAAUGUGUAGUGAUUAAUACCGGUGCUAAAUUACCCGAUACUGCUAAUGCUGUUAUUCAAAUUGAAGAUACACAAGUUCAUGAACGACAUGCAACUAAACAGAAUGGGUUAGAUGAGAAAAGUAUUCGUAUUGUUUCUGACUGUUCAUUGAAUCAAGAUAUUAGAGAUAUUGGUGAUGAUGUUCAGAUGGGUGAACUUGUUCUACAAAAGAACGUUCCUUUGGGACCUGCUGAACUAGGUUUACUUGUUACAGUUGGACUACAAACAAUACAUGUUUAUGAUAAACCACGUGUAGUCGUUCUCUCAACUGGCAAUGAAUUAAUGCCAAUUGAUGCUCCAUCAACUGCGAGUGGGAAAAUUCGCGAUAGUAAUAAAAUCAUGCUGAUGAGUGCAUUAAAAGAUUUAAAUAUACAACAUGCUAUUGACGGUGGUACAGCAAAAGAUGAUGAAACAUCUGCUAUUCAAACAUUAGAAUCAGCUUUUGAAUUAGCUGAUAUUGUUAUUUCAACUGGUGGCGUUUCUAUGGGUGAUAAGGAUCUUAUUAAAUCCAUAUUAACAAAUAGAUUUAAUGCGACAAUUCAUUUUGGUCGUCUACAAAUGAAACCUGGCAAGCCGACUACUUUCGCUACAUGUGAAGUCAAUGGAAAGAAAAAACUAUUCUUUGGAUUACCAGGUAACCCCGUAUCAGCUUUAGUUUCGUAUUGGUUACUUGUUGUUCCAACUCUUAAACAUAUGAUGGGACAUAUAGAACCGCAUCAUCCAAUCAUUCGUGUGCAGCUUAAUCAACCCAUUGACUAUCUUGAUCUACGACCUGAAUAUAUCCGUGUCAUUAUUGAAUGGUCAACAAAAUCGUCCGUUCCCAUAGCACGCAUUGUUUCACCAGAUAAUCAAUGUAGUUCACGUUUACUCAGUGCUCGACGUUGUACAGGUUUAGUACGUUUACCAAGCAAAACUGAUGCUGAUCCAUCAUUUUUUAAUACUAAACAAGAUGGUUAUGGUCAACAAGUUGACUGUUUACUUUUAUCAUUGUAG